AUGGACUCAGCACGGCAUUUUGACGCUACAUCCCACAAUGAGCUGCUCUUGGCAAUUCAGUGGUAUCUCUCACAAAGUCCUUGCAAGGAAUCAUCUGAAGUACUGAGGAAGGAGAUCGAGCGUUUGCAAGAAGGUAGCAUUCGUAUUGGUCAGACCUCGUUGGUUGGACUAAUAGAGAGAUUAAAUUCUUUGGUGUGUGCUAGUUUUCCUCCCGUGAUCUCUCAUCUACCUCUUCGUUUAUUUGCAAGCAAAAAACAGUCACUGUGUCGUAAUGAAGAGCAGAAGAAAAAAAGGGCACUUUUAUUGGCUGAUACCGUGGCGAACAAAAGGCGUGUUGAUUGUAAUUCGACGCUUAUAUUUCAGUCAAGGCAGCUUGGCCGGAAAUUCCCUCGUUACAAAAUGUUGCCAAAAGGUGCAGACGAUUGUUUAGUAAAAGUUUGGUCGGCAACUAGCGGUUUGUUACGUUUUACGCUUCGCGGUCACGGAGCCCAAAUUACUGAUAUCUCAGUAGCGGACGACAAUUCACUUCUGGCUAGUGGUUCUCUGGAUAAAACUAUGAGAGUAUGGAGCUUACGUUCUGCUGCGUCUUUGGCACUGUUCCGUCACCAUGCUGCAGCCGUAACUUUAAUUACUUUUUUGCCGUAUGUGUGUGGACAGACGCGAUACCUUUUAUCUACAGGAGGUGACUGUGUCGCAAAUUUUUACAAAUACGCCUCUGAUGACGAAACCUUCAGCAAUUACGAACACAUUAGUUUUAAUGAAAGGGCCUCACCUGGUUCUCGCCUGGUAAGCUCGUGUUGCAGUCCUGGAGGAAACCUUGUUGUUAUUGGUGAUACGCAUAGGUUUCUUCGCAUAUUUCGGCUGUCCGAAGAAGGAGUUUUAAAGUUGAAAGAUAUUGAAGCGCAUUCUGAUCGUGUUGAUAGUUUAGCUUGGGCACAUUCUGGCUUGAGGUUUGUCAGUGGUAGCAAAGAUGGUGUUGCGAAAGUUUGGAAUUUUCGUUACAAUGAUUGGGAGAGUGUUUCGUUAGAUACAAAAAAAAGGGACGAAAAAUUGUCUGCACCCUCUCGUCGUGCCUAUAAAGUCACUAUGGUUUGUUGGACACUUGAAGAUGACUUUGUGGUAACUUCUGGGUCGGACCAUGCUUUGGUUGUAUGGGAUCCCUCAAAUGGUAGAUUGGUCAGGCAAUUAGAGGGUCACAAAGAGGACACAUAUGUCUUAAUUGCUCAUCCCUUGUAUCGCGAGUAUGUCUUUAGUGCGGGACAUGAUGGGCUGUUCAUGAUUUGGAAUGUUAACGACGGAGCGUUAGUCAAAAGGUAUCAAAAUCAAGAGGAGGUUAAUGGAAGUGUUCCUUUGUUUGAUUUUUCUAUAUCACCUGACGGAACUGUAGUUGCUGCUGUAGAUUCUUUGGGCAGACUUUCUAUAUUUGGCAUGGGGACGAGCCAGAGAGUGAAGACGACACCUAAGGAACAGCCAGUAACGUAUGAUUUGAAUGGGGAGUUAGUAGAUGAAGAUACCGCUGUGGCUCCUCAUCAGAUGCCUCCGCCACUUCUUGUUGACGGUGAUGGUAACGAAUAUGCAAUGGAUAUUCAGCGUUUGGUUCCGGGUAGAGAUUAUUUAAACGAAGAUUGUGCAAAUGAAGGAGGUGUUCUUCCAUCGCCGUGGUUAACAAGAGAUCUGGUGCAGCGUCUUCCGCCUUCUACUAUCAACAUUUACAAUUGCCGUACUGCGGCCUUAAGGGAACUGGAGAUGAAAGACUUUGCCCGUGAGGCUUGUAAGAAGAAGCCACUUGAUCUAGUCAGCGUUGAGACUUUUUCAGCACGUAAUUCUGCUCGGCUAAUUUAUGCAAAUGUUCAAAGGGUUUCUGAAGAACCUGAAGAUGACGUGGGGUUGGAAGAACUGGUCACUUCAGAAAGCUCUGAAGAUUCGACGUUUGAUACGUCUUCUUCGUCUUCCUCUUCAGAGGAUGAAGAAACUGAGCUUUCUGAAGAAGACACAUCUGACAGCGAUUACAGUCUUGGCUCAAAUUUGCCUCUGCGACGUCGUAAAGUUCGCGAUGGCAGCGUCAGUGACGAGAGUUGUCUUGAUUCUCCGAAAAGAAGGUCUGUUCGAAGACGUAAGAAAUCUGAAAAUGGUUCCGAAGAAGAGAACAGUGAGCAGAUAAACACCGAUGGUUCUGAAGUACCUGAACCAAAGUCUGGUGGGCGCUCAGCUAGAGGCAGUACGCGAAGUACUAGAUCUAGACGAAGAUGGUUGUCUUCCUCGAGUGAGGUUACCGUCUCUACAGCUUCAGUUUCCACCGCUCCUACUGAAUCUCCUCCUCAGAGAGCGACACGGAGUACAGCUUCUCCUGGGCCUUCUUCGUCAGCGGCGCGUCAUUCUGCGACAAUUAUUGAAUUCCCUUCCUGGAUGCGUUUGUUUCGGCCGUGCCGAUUUCCUUAUAUCGCUCAGAUCGGGGAUGUUGUUGUGUACUUCAGGCAAGGUCAUGAGCUGUAUUUAAAUGCUGUUGAGUCGCUUCGUUUAUAUUCGGUGACACAGCGGAUGAGACCUUUAGCUCACUUGGAUGCUGAGGAGAUGUGUUUAGUUACUGAGGUGAAGUAUGUGCGGAGGCCGUACAGACUGAUUUCCGUCAAACUGGCACGUUUAGAUGAAAACGAAACUCCGACUGGUCUUGUCUUUUCUGUCAAGUAUCAUGAUCUAGAAAAUGUGCCGGAUUUUAUUAUUCUGCAAAGAUUGUAUGCGGAGUCGACCGCAUCGAUUUAUGAACAAGGGGACCAGAUUGAGUCAAUACUAGAUGGGCAUUGGUGGUCUGGAACCAUUGAUAAGAAGGAACCAUAUGACGAAGUCAACUUUCCGAGAUCUCAUUGGUAUUCGCUGACUGUCAGAUGGGACAGUGGUGAGGAUGAGAAAAUGAGCCCUUGGGAUGUCCAACUUAUUGGUAAUGAGAGACGGACAGGGCAAGCGACUGAUGAGGAGCUUUUUGAAUACUCUUAUGUUCCUCGUUUGGAAGUUGAUUGGAGUUGUUGUGGUGGAACAGCAGAGCAGUGCGAAGGCAAACUAAUUGCUGCAAUUGAGGCUCUUCAAGAAGAUGAUGAUGCUAAACCGUUUUCUGUCCCGGUGGAUCUUAAGGAUUAUCCAGAAUAUUCACUGAAUGUCGACUAUCCAGUAGACCUUGAAACAAUAUCGAAGAGGGCACAAAACAAAUAUUAUAGAAGGUUUACUAGCAUGGAGCAAGACAUCAAGUAUAUUGCUAUUAACGCAAGUAUUUUUAAUGAGCCGAAGAGUACUAUUGUUCACAAUUCGCGGGCUCUUGUGGAAACUCUCAUUCGAUACCUCAAGUCCUCCGAUGAUACCGACGUGCGGGCUUUAUUCCAGACUUUGAAGGACGCCCCAGAGCAGGAGUUGGGUGAAUAUAAGAAACCGUGUAGAAUUAAAAUUCCUACCAGAACUGAAAACACCUCCGCUUUGACUGUGAACACUUUUGAUCACAAUUUGGAUUUUGCUGUUACCAAUUUUUCUGCUCAGGAAUGGCUAAAUGACUGUGCUCGCAUUGUUGACACAAUGUCGCGAUCUGCUUUUGACGAAUUUCUUGUCGACGGUGGCAGCGAAACAUUGGGAGCAGCAGCUGCAGAUGGAGCUCUCAGUCUAACUUCAAUCUUAAGUUUAAUUGAACAGAGAAGGUAUACUGACCCCCAGCAAGUCGUUGACGAUGUGCAGAAGUUGCUGCAGUCAUACCGAGAGUUUAUCGAUGACAACCGUUCCCCUUUAUAUUUGCAAAGUCUGACGUUCUCCUCUCGAUUCAAUAACUCGAUGGCACCUAUCCUCGCGAAGUGGAAACGGUUUCAACAGUUAAAUUCUGCUUUACACUCAAAUGAAAAUGGUGUACCUAGUAGUUGUCGUCUUCGCAGCCGACGCAGGAAGUCUUCUCACGUUUACAAUACCCGGCAAAAAAUAAAUGAUGACCCCAAGUCAGAUGCUUGUCCAGGCCCAUCCUCACUACGCAGUGGAAGGAAUGCACGUAUGCCGAAUGGAUUUUACCGAAACUUAAAUAACGGUAUUCAUGCUGAAGUGUUAGAAUUGCAAAGGAAUAAUACUCGUAGAAAGAGUAAACAAAAGAAUCGUGUAGUGGGACCUUCUGCAGCACUAGACUGUAAAGUCAACUCCGCGGUUAUUCCGUCAGAGGACCCCGUUUCUACGAGUGAUCUAGUUCGCCAACCUGCUGAGGAGACGAUUGCUGAUGAACUUUUGUGCAGUGACAUUCCAGGUCCGUCCUGUUCGAAAAAUCAUACGAUUAGUAAUGGAGAGAUACUUAACAACUUGAACAAAAAUAGCAGGCAAGUAGCGAUGGAUGCUUCAAUAAGUGAAAGCGGGGAUGAAGACUAUGUUUUAGAUGAUUCGGGUGAAGGUGUGAGCGAAGCUAGUGAUUCGUCAUAUUCUUAUGAAAAUUUGAACAGUACGAAGAAGAAUGUCAGAACUCGCAAACGGCAAAAAGGUCGAGAUUUCUUUGCCUCUGAUGUUCCGUGUAGUAGUGGGAAAUCUAAACGGAGAAAGCGCAGUAGAAAACUAAAAUCAUCAUCUACUGAGUCCCAAGUUGAAGAUGGUGUUAAAAAGAAGAAGAGAAGAACCAGCAAGCACCAACGUAGGAAUAAAUCUUCUUAUACUAAAGAAAACACUCCUGAGUCAGGAGAGCUUACAGAUGAAAAUUCCCGGACAGUUCGGCCGCGUAGGUCGCGUUAUAAUAACGCAAAAUAUAAUGAAGAUGAUGAGCCAGAGGAAGGGCACGUAACAAAUGCUAACAUUAGAAGUUGUCCACGAAAGCUGCGUUCUCAUAGAUAG